AUGGACGAGAGUCGGAAACACUACUCGAAUGAAAAUGGGGAAGGACACGACCCCUGCAUUAUUCAGGCCCUCGUAGAAAAGACGAAAAAGCUAGAGGAUCUCCAAGAUCCCAUCGUGGCAUCGUCACCCAGCGAACCCGCUGCCAUUGAAAAGCUUUGCAUCUUCAAGCUUCCCCAGAGGUUCAAGAACGUCAACCGUAUGUGGAACACGCCCCAGGUGGUCGCCAUCGGACCCUACAACCGCCACAAACCUGAGCUCCAGGCCACGGAGGAGAUCAAGUUGCGGUGCCUCAACUACUUUAUCGACAAGACCAGGCCGACUAGCCAAGACUUAGAUGUAUACUAUCAAAAAAUAUAUCCGCAUGUAAAGGAAGUCAGGGAGUGUUAUUCCAAAGACGACAGCAACCUCAGUGUACGUGAAGAUGAGUUCCUUGAAAUGAUGCUUGUUGAUGGUUGUUUUAUAUUAAGCUUUCUUCUCUUCUAUAUGGAAGAGGAAACAUCCGGCCAUCCUCUCUACCGGCUGGAUACGGUAACAUUACGGAAGAUCUACGGGGACUUGCUCUUGCUUAAGAAUCAGAUCCCGUCUGUUGUUCUGAUGAAGUUAUAUGAAAUUUACCGUAAGCCCAAUAUGACCUCGAGCUUGAAGGAUAUCGCCAUAUAUAGAAGUUUUUAUGGGAUUACUGGGAGUUCGAUGCCCCAUAUACGGCUAUGA